AAACAGUCGGCAAAAUAAAAGCGUCGUGUGUUUUGUCUCGUGCGGAAAAGGUGUAUUGUUUCAAUCCUAUUCGGAAUGGCCGGAUUCAAUCCAGUGGACAUGGUCGAGGAAGAUGCGGCCGACCUGCAGUUUCCCAAAGAGUUCGAGACUGCGGAAACACUUCUGAUCAGCGAAGUUCACAUGCUACUGGAGCACCGGAAGAUGCAGAACGAGUCCUCGGAGGAAGAGCAAGAGUUUUCCGAAGUGUUUCACAAAACAUACACGUACACAAACGAGUUCCGAAAGUUCCGCAACAAGGAAACCAUCGCCAGCGUUCGCAGCUUGUUGAUGCAGAAAAAGCUACACAAGUUUGAGCUCGCGGCGCUCGGAAACCUGUGUCCAGCGUCACCAGAGGAAGCGAAAGCACUGAUUCCCUCCCUCGAGGGUCGCUUCGAGGACGAUGAGUUGCAACAAAUACUGGACGACAUCGGCACAAAACGCAGUUUACAAUACUAAGUCCGGGGCACAGCGCGCUUCAGUAAGGAACAUUGUAACUAAACGCAUCGGCCAAUCCUGUCACUGGGAGGGGUAAAAAAUGAUGUGACAACCCGCAGAUCUAAAAUAUUCCAAUAAACAAUGAAAAGCAACUUACAAUGUAGUUUCUGG